AUGCAGCCAUCCGGGACUAACUUUAGCAGCAGCGACUCAGAAAUCGACGAGGAGUAUCCGCUCAUGGCCUCCGUAGAAGCGCAGAUGCGGGAUGUUACCAUGAGCGCAUCAAACAGCCGCUUUCUGAACCUUCCAGGUGGUGUGUACGUCCUCCCAACCACCCAGAACCUAGCUAAGUCAGUACCUACAGAACUACGCAAUAAGAUAUACAGCUUCUGCAUCGAUGCAGACCCCGUCCCACUGCGUCUCCGUCACGAUGACCCGAUCAAACCGGUAGGAGGAUGGCGCUGCUUUACACAGACGUGUCGGCAAAUCCGAAAGGAGUUCCAUAUCAUCUACAUGACUGAAACUGCGUUCCGCCUAGAAUCCACUUACCACUACGCCCGAUACAUCCGCGAUUUCUAUCCGCCUAGCGAUGAGGCCACGAUGCUGCGCUACCGUGGACACAUCAUCAGCGUAGUUGGACAUGGCCGCGACGAGGAUAUGGAUGUAGACGAGUUCUAUGAUGCAGACAUCGCGCGCGUAGUCUCGCUUGUCGCGCGCUCACCAAAGCUCCGCUUUACCUUCGAACUCCAGAAGGAUCUGAAGAAACACAACAACGGAGUUUGUAUCGCACAGGUGAACAGUAUGCUCGCGUUAUUCGCUGAUCAAUCCCACUCAAAGUGGCGCGAGAUGGCCAAUUCGAUCAAGGAAAUGAGGCUCCGGGUUCGAUUUCACAGCUCUGCACUCCGAAUCACCAUGGAUCAACACAUGGCUAGGAAGUGGAAGCCUACGGCUUACGAGAUGUGGAAUGAAGCAGCUCAGCCUACGCGUGGCAUACGUGAAUUUAGGCUCGCAUACCCUGACCCGAACCCCCAGGAGCGUUCAUACGGGUAUCGGCACAGUUUUUGGUUCGACGAUGAUAAGGAUAAGACUAAAAGUUGGUUUUGGCGAUUGUGA